AUGCAUGGUGCAAGGGAGGACGAGGGGGAAGGGAACGGCGACGUCGACGCGAGGGAGAAAAAGAGGAUAACGUAUUCGAGGGAGUUCCUGGUCGCCGUCGGCAGCUCGGAGGGCUGCAAGGCGCCGCCUGCCGGCGUCGACAUGUCCAAGCACCCGGAUGACGUGAAGCUGUGGUUGUUGGAAGCGGCGAGCAGGUCCUGCUCUUCUCGUGCGGAGACUUGGCGUGCCCGCUCGGCUGGAAGAUCCGGCGGAAGCCAAGGGGAUUCGCCUCAGCACGGCCGAGAACCGGAGUCAUUUAAAACUGGCGCGAAGCCAUGCACCAGGUUCUUCAGUACUAUCGGUUGCUGUUUCGGUGAGAAUUGUCACUUCAUCCACAACGUUCCGGGCGGCUACAAGGCCAUCACAAACGUGGGUGUCCUGGGUGAUCCAGUUUCUGCACAAGACAAGAAGGAUCUUCCCAUGGGGCAAAGGCACGCCGGUCACCAUGCACCGGAUGAAGCAGCAAAUCCCAACACCGCCCCUCCGCCGAGUUUCGGCGCUUCGGCGACGGCCAAGAUCAGCGUCGAUGCGUCCCUCGCGGGCAUCAUCAUUGGGACGGGCGGGGCAACAAUCAGGCAGAUAUCCUGGGACAGCGGCGCCAAGUUGUGCAUCCGGGACCACGACUCAGAUGCCGGCUUGAAGAACGUCGAGCUGGAGGGCACGUUUGAUCAGAUCAAGAACGCUAGCGAAAUGGUUAUGGAGAAGUUGAGCCGCUUCGGCCUCGGUGGCUUUGCCCCUCCGCCGGCAGGUGACAAGAACCCGGCCGGAGGAUCUGUCCGCGGCGGAGGGCAGUCGGACUGUUUCAAGACCAGGCUGUGCGGGCACUUCGCCAGAGGAUGCUGCACUUAUGGCGAUGGCUGCCGCUUCGCCCACAGCGAGAAGGAGCUGCGCAAGCCGGUUUAUGCUGCUCGAGGAACGGGUGGGUGGUAG